GUUGAAAUUUAAAUAAUUGAAAAACGAAUCAGUUUUGAACUAAGUGUUGGAAACCAACAUGCAAAAUGACUCAAAACUGUAUAAAGUUAGGUCUCUGCUAAAUAAAGGUUCUUUAUUGGCAUUGAUGGAACUUUUAACUUCCAUAAAAUCUUUCAAUUCCACAAAAGGUUCUUUAUAGUGAAAAAAGUUUAUUUAAAUCAUUAAAAUGUUCUUCAUCUAGAAGAAUACAAAUUUUUCUUUUUUUUUUUUUUUUUUAAGAAAGGUUCUUUGGGGAACCAAAAUGUAUGGCAUCUCUGUAAAAAGUCCCCUUUUGGAACCUAAAUCCUAAAGGGUAUCUAUCUUCAGUGGGUGAAAUUGUCUUUCUGAGCCCACGUGAUAUCCUACUGUCAUCUGAAGUGUACAGUUGACUCUGCCGUGAAGCCUCCUACCCCUGUCGACGAGCUGAAGCAGUGAGGUGAAGGAACAGAACUCUGCUUUCUAGACAGACACACACUGAAGCGCAACUGUGCGCUCGGGCACUUCGCUCUCUGAGCGCGCAGAAGCAGCAGCAGCAGCAGCACGUCCACGGAAGCGCACAGGACACACGCGUAACUGAUGGAGCAGAUAUAUGACGGACUGCUCAGCAUCUACCACGGAAUAAAGAGCGAGUGCGAGACCACCAUGCGCCUGGAGGAACCGCGCGCUCUGCCAUGCUGAGCAUCUCCCUCACUCUCCUACUGGCUCUGACCGCUACCGCCCGCUGCUCCAACAGCUGGAGCGACGAGGACCUGCUGCUGCCGCCCAUCAACUCCUCCGGCAGAUUCCUGGCCAGCCUGGAAGUGGAUGUGGGCUACUCGAAGAGAUCCGUGGAGGAGCCCGAAGCCUCCUCGCAGUGCAACGUGAGCGUGGAGAGACUCCCCACCAAACUCGUGGCGCGCUGGGACAGCAACUUCGGCUUCCAGUGCGACGUGCUCAUGUACACCACCAACAACCACGGCAAGGCGUUCUUCUCCGCCGCCUUCAACCGCGCGAUCUCGCCGGUGUACAUCGAGCACCUGGGCGUCACGGGCGGCCAGCAGGAGUUCCGCCUGUGCGUCGGAUGCGGUCUGUCCAGGUACCGGAGAUUCAGACGGGGCAGGUCAGAGGGUCAGCAGACGGGCGACUCCGUGCAUUUCUGCUGCGUGGAUUUCGCUCUGGACGAGCUGAAGGGGGACCGGAGCUGGAGGCUCAACCGCAAACCCAUCGAAUCCACUCUGGUGGCUUGUUUCAUGACUUUAGUCAUCAUAAUAUGGAGCGUCGCUGCCCUCAUAUGGCCAGUUCCCAUUAUCGCAGGAUUUCUGCCCAAUGGAAUGGAGCAGAGAAGGCCGAGGUAAUAGAAUAGAAAUUAGCACCUUUAUCUACAAUAAAGGAGUUCCUAAAUUAGUCGACUUGCCAAACGUUUUAUGCUUAGUGGCAAAACAUGUCAUAUAUUUGCUUAAACAGUAUUCUCGUGUUUGAAACGGCUAUUAUACCCACAUCUCCUGAAUGGACUGAGAUAUUUUACUAGAUUUGCUUUUAUAAAUUGAUUGUUAUAGAAAUACAUUAUAAAUGUGAUUCUCAGAUGUAAUUUCAAAUGUUUGUAAUGUUUUUAUCUGAAGAUUCCUGACUGAUUUCAAGUGUUUAUAGCGUUUGAAUAAAAUAUGGAGUGUGUCUCAGGAAAAACAAAGCUCUUUACAAUGUGUGUAAAUGCAUUUUGCGACUCUAGUUAGUUGGUGAAUUAAUACGAAAACACAUGAUAUUUCAGUUACACUCGUAAAAAUGAAGGUUCUUUGUUGGCAUGGAUGGUCCCAUGAAGAACCUUUAACAUCCAUUCCACAAAUGGUUCAUAGGAGAAAAAUGCUUUAUCGAUUAUUAUUAUUAUAUGUUAGUUUUGUUCGUUUGUUUUUUAAGAACUGUUGAGUGAAAGGUUCUUUGAGGAACCUAAAAUGGUUCUUCUCUAGGAUCAUUCCAGAAAAAACAAAACAAAAACAACAACUUUAUUUUUAAGAGUGUUGCACUUUUAAAAGUUUGAGGACAGAUUUCUUGUGUUUGUAUUUGUUUGCAUAAAUAAUAAUAGGACGUGAUUGACAUUUCUUUAAUGUUGAAAACUCAACUAUAGCUUGAGCAACAAGGUGACAGGCAAUCCAUUUGUAAACAAUGAAGUGAACAAAUUUGUAUAAGGUUUAUACUUUGUAGAUCUGUCAUAAUUGUUAUUUGUAGUAUCAAUAAAUUCAUAAAAUAUU